AUGGGAUUGGGUGAUGCGGAUCUUAUGGAUGAUGGUGAUAGAGGUGGGGACAAGACAGCAUCGGCGGUUGUUUCGUGCUCAGUUUGCUUAGAGGGGGUCACUGAUAAUGGGGCUAGAUCCUGGGCAAAGCUCCAAUGCGGCCAUCAAUUCCACCUUGACUGCAUAGGUUCGGCAUUUAAUAUUAAGGGAGCAAUGCAGUGUCCCAACUGUCGAAAAAUUGAGAAAGGUCAAUGGCUUUAUGCAAAUGGUAGUCGACCAUUGCCUGAAUUUAGCAUGGAUGACUGGGCCCACGAUGAGGAUCUAUAUGAUCUAAGCUACUAUGAAAUGUCAUUUGGAGUUCAUUGGUGUCCAUUCGCGGGAUUAACUCGGCUUCCUUCAUCUUUUGAUGAAGGAGAAUUUUCAUCAAGUGCAUAUCAUGAUCUUGGACAACAUGCUAUCUUUGCCGAACAUGCAGCCGUAUCGUCUACUACGCACCCUUGCCCUUAUAUUGCGUACUUUGGACCAAUUCAUCCAUCUUCUUCAACAUCUAGUGGGACUAUAUCGGAUGGAUCUAAUUUUAAUAAUCAGUGGAGUGCCCAAUCAGUUCCAGGCGAGAUCCCCAGUUCUUAUGCUUUCCCUGCCAUGGAUGUACAUUAUAACAAUUGGGAGCACCACGGCUCUCCGUUUGCCACAAGCAGCCGCAUUGGUGGUGCAGAUCAAUCCUUGAUGCCAUCCGUGACUCAGAGAACUAGGACAAGUUCUGAGAUCCCAGUACCUGGAUCUUUCGUGCGCCCAUUACUAAGUGUUGGUCACAGUUCUGCCAGUAGAGCGCCCAGUUCUACAUCAACAAUGGUUCCUACUUACCCCGGUAGUGUGGCUCGGGCUCGUGAUUGGGUUCAGGCUCUCCAUGGAUAUUUUCAGCAGCCCACGCCUCUGUCGCUGAAAAUCAGCAACAUCAUGGGCGCCGAGGCGCCGCUGGGCUAG